AUGAAAAUAUUCAUCGCAUUGUCUCUCUUGUAUUUGACAUUGGCCAAGUAUAAAUGGUCAUCAUAUCUAGCUAAGGAAUAUUGUCAGCCUUUGGUGAUCAAGUACAUCCAUUCUAAUAAGUGAUUGUUGCAUUAUCAGAAGUGGCAUCUAAAGACUUUAAUUUCCAAUAAUUGUUUGUUGCUUUAGAUGAAUUGGCUGAAUCAUUUAAAGCUAGAAAGAAUGAAGAAAAUGCAUUUUACGAACAAGAAUAUUAAUAAUAUUAAGCAGAUGUACAAUACUACUAAAAUUAAAUUACAGACUUUAAGAACAAGGUAUUGAUAUGAAUUUUAAUGUUCCUCAGAUAGCUUAAUUAGAAGUUGAUGUCAAGGAUUUGAGUGAUGAAAGAGCAAGAUUGUAAUAAUUGUUGACUGAAGCCAAAUAAGAUCUUUAUGAUGCUACUAAAUUGUUUAACGCAAAAGAAGCAUAAAUCAACUCAGACAAGUCUAUAUUCACUAGAUAGUUCAAUGAAUAUGCAGAUACAAUUGCAGUUUUAGAUUAGGCUAUUGCAUUAUUAAAUGAAGUCAAAGAUGAAACAUCCUUGUUACAAAAAUCAGAGAACAUCAAAGAGAUUUCAUCAAAGAUGCACACUCAGUAUUAAUUCUCUCCUAAUAAUAGUCUCAAAUAACUCUCUUCCAAGAGAGUCUUUUAUCAACCAUUGGUUAAGGCACUCACUUAAAUUGCAUAAAAUAACUAUGUUGAUUAAGAGAAUCUCAACAAAGUUAUCAAUUAUAUGAAUUAAUUAAGACAAUCUUUAAUUGAUGGAUAAACUUCCUUAUAAAAUCAGUUUGAUGCUCAAUCCAAAUUAUAAUAGGAUAUUUUAUCUGAAAUCUAAGCAAAAAUUACUGGAAUCAGAGAUGUCCUCAUACCUUUAUUGCAAACAGAAAUCGAAACCAAAGAUGGCGAAAUUAAAGCACUUAAUGCAAUUCUGAAUGACGCAAGAAUUAAUUUGGCUGAAGCUGAAGACAACCUCACUUCCACUUAAAAUAGAUGGAUUGAAAGGUAUUUAAUUGAUUAUUAAACUUUAGAACUGCUUCACAUAACUCUUUAAUACAAUAAUACGAUAAUGAAUUAUUAGCCAUUAAGGAUGCUGAAAAUGCCUUAAAAAAAGGAGGUAUAUUUAGAUAAUGAAAAACAGAAUUAUUGCCUACAUACACA